AUGGCUUGUAAUUCUUUAAUUUCCGGUGUUCGGUAUUUAAUUAUUGAAGGACCUCAUGAAAAUAAAAUUUGUUUUUUGAAUUUUAUAUUUUUUUAUUUUGGUUCAAUUGCUGGAAAUUGUUGGUGGUUGAUACUUGGUUUUACUUGGUAUUUAUCAGCAUCUCGUAAAUGGGUAGAAGAAGAAAUUGGUAAAAGAAGUAUUUUAUUACACCUUUUUGCUUGGGGAUUUCCUUUAUUGUUGGUUAUUAUUUGUUUAAGUAAUAAUUUGGUUGAUGCUUCUGAAUUAACUGGAAUAUGUUCUUUAGGUAAAACAUAA